AUGAACAUUGACGAUGGUACGCAACCUCUUGAGCAACAUGAAAAGAAUGACAUCAAGAGAAAGAUCGAGCACGAGCUCUCCUAUUUACCCAUCGACUGGGAUUCAGUGAAUUCCCAACUGAAAAGCCUUGAGCCUUCGACAGCCCAGUGGGCAUCCAAGGAAGAUGAUCCAAUGGGUCGACUACUUCUUGGUCAAGUCUUGUCCAAUCAAGCUCCCCUGAAUGUGGUCGAAACUGUACUCACAGUCUUUCCUGACUGCUUGAUCUACAACCCUCCAGCGUUCUUUAUGGCUUGUCGACACUACAAAACCAAUCAAAAUGUCCUCGUCACUAUGGUAAAGCAUUCGCUAUCACGCCCUGACUCGAGCGACUCCGAAUGUCCAUUCCCAUGGAUCCUAUCCGAUCUAGUAACGGUCUCUGCCGCCCAAGCAAUACUGGAAAUCUAUCCCCAAGGCGUAUUAGAACCAUCGCCGAUGUUGCCAGGAAAGACGACUCUUUUGGACUACCUUGUACGUUCUUCCGAACUACAAAAGCAUCAAGUCAACAGCAAUCUGUGGACCAAGUUCAAGCUGAUCCUAGUGUCAGCCGAAUGUUGCCAAAAGGGGAACUGUGCUGCUUGCAAAAACAAUGGAGUCCUUACUCCAGCGCAUGUCUUACUGAAGCGAAUCAUGUCGUACCCAGACUUUUUCGACAAUGUGUCUGUGGCUCGCAAUAUCAUAUGGCUGUUAAAUCAGCUAGCAUUCGCAGAUGCUUGGAUAUUCCAAAAGGCCGACCACAAGGGUAUCUACCCCCUUCAUGUUUUGUUACGCCAAUUGUGCACACCUCAACAUCAUACGGGAAGGGUGAUUGCCCGGGAACUAGUCAAGACAGUAUUGCAAGUCCAUCCACAAUCUGCUAGAUGUGCUUUGGAGCAAAGAUUGCCCAUUCACUGGGCAGUGGAUCACAAUUGGCCUUGCCACGAUUUGCUGCUGGCAGUCUAUCCAGAAGCACUGGAUGCACAAGACUCGACAUCGGAACUUUAUCCGUUUCAAAUUGCAGCGGCUUCCAAACGAACAACAAGUACAUCCUAUCAGCAAACUACAAAUGUCUCUUCUGUAUCCGCAUUGGACAUUACCUUUGAAUUGCUUCGUGCCAAUCCCACUCAUGUGCAGCCAAUGCCUUCCAAAUAUGCUGGAAUCCGAGCCGAAGCCUGA